AGAAGUAUGCGCUAGUGACGCCAAGUAGUUUCAACAUCGAACUAAGAAAACAUCGAUUUCUUGAUUAAUCGAUAUCUUAAAACAUCGAUAUUACAAUAUAAAGCAUCGAUUAUCUAAGAACCGAUGCAACAUCGCUCAUUACUAGUCUGUGCUUUGGAGAGUGGUGACUUUGAUCACUUUGACUUGUGGUCCAUUGUGGGCACUUGUGGUUAGACAAGAGGGAACAAGUUCCGUAAGUUCUUACUUCUUACGGCCCGCGAAUCCUGGCUGCUUGAGCAUUGAACAGUACAUCUGUAUGUAAUAUACAUAAGAACACUGGACUGAAACGAAUGGUGACAUGUUAAUCGUAAACUAAGAAACUCUCUUUAUAAAAAUAUAAUAAUAUAAAUAGAUACAUUAUGGCUGAUUCGUCUUAUGAGAAAGGACUAACGGAACUUUCGAAGAUGAAGGUUGCAGAUUUGAAGAUCGAAUUGAAACAGAGAGGACUUACCACUAGCGGUAAUAAAACUGAAUUGGUUGAAAGGCUUCAGUUAGCAAUUCAUGAUUCUGCAUUAUCUUUGGACGAAACUGCGGAAGAAAUUUUAGACGAAGAUGCAGUCCUCGGUGAUGAAGAAAUAGAAGAGCUAUCGAGUAAACCAGAUUCUCAAGAAGUAAAUGAAAAAAGGAAAUUGUCUACGGAGAGCAACGCGAGCGCGAAGAAAAUAGUUCUAAACCGCAAACCAGUGAUCGAAGAAACUAAGAAUGAAUUGAUAGAAAAAGCUGAGACCGACAUGAAAUCUACAGAAACUGUACCACCGGAAAGAAAAAUUAUUAAGUUGUCAGAGCUCGGUGUCAAAGAGAGAUUGGAAAUGAGAGCUAAAAAGUUUGGUAUGCCGCUAUCGGAAGCUGCUAAAAAGGAAGCCAGAUCUGCCAGAUUCAGUAUUAAUAAUCAAAAUAAUAAGUCUGCUGCUUCUGUAAAAACACCUGUGCAUACAACAUACGAAGUUUUAAAAAAGCGAGCAGAUAGGUUUGGUAUGUCUGUUUCUACCCUAAUGGAGAAGGCCGAGUUGGAAGCCAGAAUAGAAAAGAGAAAAAUCAGAUUUGGUGAAGUAACAUCCACGAAUGAUAAAGUACUUCAGAAUAAAGUUAAAAUUGUUAAAUGAUAUUCAGUGUUAUAUACCAAAACAGCAACGUAGAUUGCAAACCUUAUUCUAAGUUUUCUUAUUUUCGGUACAAUCAUUGUAUACACAAUAAACGAUCAUCGUAUUUGUUAUAAAAUACUUUGCGCAAUGAAUGCAAGCAAUCUUUUUUUUUCUUUUUUAGUGUGACUAAUCGAAGCGUAUCUAAUUGCGUUUUGCAGGAAAUUGCUAAAAAAAAAAAAACACUAGCUGUAACAAAAAUAUCAUAUUCGGUGUUGCGAUACUAUUUUCUUUUUCCGAUCUUAUUCGUAUUAUGAUAUUCUGUUGCUAAGAAUCCAUAGUGAGGAAAAAAUUUGAUUUCAAGUUGAUAUGCGAUGAAAUCGGAUAUACCGAAAGAGAGAACAGCAUCCUACAAGAUUACUUCAAUAUAUUGAAUUUUAUUAUAAAAUGUUUGUAUUUAGGCUACAACAUGUAAUAUAAUAAUUGCGUUUGGUCUAGACCCUUACGAAAAGAAAAGCUAAACUGCGCACCACAUUUACAGUUGUCCUGACAUGACGUUUUCGUCAAGUUUACGUUCCAAGGAAACAUUUUCUAUGUAUAUGUACCGUUUCUUUUUGUCUACAUUCGAGUACGCGUGUAGAAAGGUGUCUGCUUCGAUCUCAAAUUGAUUACAGAUCUUUGAAAUGUGUUCUCUAGUUAUCCGCUACCAUUCGAUAAAAUCAUCGUGUGUAUUACAAAUGUGUUUCAUAAGAAAUAUACGAACGUACGUAUAAUACAUAUACAACGUCUGAAAAAUUGAUUUAUCGCUUUAUUCUCACUUCUUUUAUAAAGAUCAGAUGAAAACUAGUCGAAAGUCUGUAUAAGACAUCCAUAUUCCGCGUUAUGUUGCGUUUACGUUACACCUUUGUAUCUAUUAGAAGAUCUGCCUUUUUUAAUUGAAAACAGACGCAGCCAUGAGUUUACAUUUAAAAAUUCUUUGUAGAAACGUUUACGAACGAAGUCGCAUUAUUCCUUGAAGCGCACUCUAAGAGACGAACGGGUCGAAGACGCAUACGAUUACGUCGAGUUAAAGAAGACGAUAGAGAUUGUACAUUGAAAAACGGUGUAGAACCGAAAUGUAUCGUAUAGGUGUAAAAAUAAUGAAAUUAUAGACGCAGCAAAUA